AUGACCAGCGCCGUCUCCAGCACGCCCAACCCGGUCGACGCCUCGAGCAACCCAUCCGCGCCCACCCUCGCCUCCAGUACGUCCUCGCCGUUGUCAGGAGCUGUGCCGGCACAGCAUCCUGUGAGGUCGUACGCCACAGCUACCAAGACGGCGACUCCACCAACUUCGGCUGGAGCCUCCGCGCCCGCCCAAAAUGCAAAGCCCGCUGCAGACAACCACAUGAACGGUCCCGCGGCGCAAGGAGGCUCUCAGCCCGCACACACAAACGGUAUGAACGGCGACCACUCCCGGAAGCCCUCGGUCGUCAUCAACGCUUCCGGUGCAACUGGCCAGUAUCCCAACGGAGGUCCUGUCCAGAACGGCAGCACCAGGCCCGCCAUCAGCUUCGGCUCCAUGAAUGCAUCUGGUCCCGAGUCCCACGCCAAUGCGCCCUUUCACCAGCAGAGCGCCUCCUUGACCGCUUCGCGUGGUGAGAAUCCACGCGUGACUUCGCCAGCACAUUCACCAUCGCCCAUCCCACAACCCGCGGCCAGCGGCGGUCGCCCGCCCUCUUCCAUCAGUGCACCAAAUAACACCGGUCUUGCUUUUGGCAGUCUCCCCGCAGACACGGAAAUGGUACAACCAACAUCUCCCGACCCCACACCAUUUCGCCCCCUACUCCCACUGACACACCCACAGAUGCGCGGACAGCACCCACAAGGCAACAUGGGACCGAUUCCCAUGCACGAGCGACGCACGUCUUCACACUCGAUGCAGGGCGAGCAGGGCAUGCCUCGACAGAACUUCCCCCAGGGAGGCGCGGGUCGAGGACGUGGCUUCCCACCCCAGCCGCAGUUCAUGGGAUCGCCAGCUCAGGGUAAUAGGAUGCCAUACCAGUCCGCGCCCAACAUGCGGCCACAGUUCCAGCCACAGGGAGGUGCUCCAGGCUCUCCCUUCCGCCAACCCGCGCGUGCCAGCCCGAGUCCCAUGCAUGCACAACCACACAUCCCGCAAGGUCAUCCGAUGCACUACCCCGGAUACCCACAGCAUCUCGGACCUCAGCAACAACAAGUAAAGCCCCCUUUUCUUCAUUCUGCAAUCUUGCCCCUUUCGCGCUCUGCUUCCGCGGGCUCUCUCCGCCCUGUCAGCUUCUCCAGCGACGCGAAGGACAGCCCACUACAGCAGGGCGCUUCGCUCUCGAAAGAGACUGAAUCCCCACUCCUUGCACCUACUUGUAUUGCUAUCACGACCCCAUCUCUAACCAGACGAUCUUCACAACAGGCCAUGUAUGGUGGCAUGCCAUACUACGAUCCCUCCCAGGGUUACCACGCGCCCUAUUAUGGCUACCCGGGCUACCAGCCCAAUCCGCAGAGCCCUCGGCCGCAGUUCCCAAGUCCAUACCAAGGCCCUCCAGGCGCUGCCAUGCAGCCGCCCUACCACCCUCCCGGCACGCCUAGCAUGGCCCGCACAGCAUCUCAGGCCUCUGACCGUCCCCCUUCGAGCAUGGGUCAUCCCCAGACUCCCGCUCAGAAUGCUCCCGCACCCUCCCACACACCUGUCUCCAACCACCAGCAGCAGCCUUCACAGGGGUCAAGUAAUUUCGUGCGGCCUGUAAAGAAGAAUGCUAUCAAGAUCACCGACGCGCAGGGCAAUGCCGUCGACUUCAAGAAGCCCACCACGCCUGCCCCUCCAGCUCAGCCACAGACCCCUGUCAUCGUAUCGACUCCGAAUGCACCCACUCCACCACCCCGCGCUCCCAGCAACCAGCAUGUCCGCACGGAGAGCAAGAGCGCCAAGUCUGCCGAGGAGACCAAGAACGAGUUCGCCGAGCAGAUGAAGCGUCAAAUCGCAGAGCGCCAGCAGCAGGAAGCCGAGGCUGCCAAGGCCAAGGAUCCCAAGACGGAUGUCGAUGCUGAGGCGAACAAGGUGAAGGAGGCGAACGAGGCCGAGGCUCGGGCUACUCAGGAGCGCGCCGACAAGGAAGAAGCUGCGCAGCAAGAGAUCAAGAAGGCUACGGCUGAAGCUGAGGAAGCCGCUGCGAAAGCUGCCAACGAUAAGAAAGCUGCCGAUGAGGCUGCUGCGGCGAAGAAGGCAACGGAGGACGACGAAGAAGAAGAAGAAGCCAAGAAGAAGCGUGAGGCUCAAGAAGAGGAGGAGCGCAUCGAGCGCGAGAUUGCAGAGAUGGAGGCCCGGGAGCGCGAAGAAGAAGAGCGCGAGCGGGCAUAUCAAGAGAAGAGGGCCAAGGAGAAGGCCGAAGCUGCUGCAAAGGAGGCAGAGCGUGCCAAGAACACCGACGAAGAGCUCAAGAAGCAGGAGCGGGAAGCCGAGGCACGCGAAGAAGCUCGUGCGCGUGAGCGUGAGCGUGAGCAGCAGCAGCAGCAGGGCAAGUCCAGCAAUGAGCCCGAUGAGGAGGCCAAGUCGCUGUUCGCUUCCCUCAAGAAGCCAGCUCUUGGACCUGGCGCCUCUGCGACCGCCAGCGGAUCUGACACACCGGCUUCUGGUGCUUCAGAGCAAGCUGGCGAGUCGGACAGCGCUUCUGCUGCUCAGCCCGCCGCUGCUGCACAGGCACGUGCUGCUGGUGCCCAGAGGCCCAAGCCAGCUCACCUCAAGCUUGAGACCAACAAGAAUGUCGAGCGUGCCGAACCUACUCCCGGGAUGCAGGCACUCAAGUCUUCCCGCUUCCUCGACCUCAAGGAGGAAGCCAAGUACCCAGAGGGCUUCAAGUCUCCUAACCCCGCCCUCAACCAGGCAUCUCAGCGCAAGGGUCGUGCCUACGACAAGGACUUCUUGCUCCAGUUCCAGAGCGUCUUCAAGGAGAAGCCGUCGGUUGACUGGGACCAGAAGGUCAAGGACACACUCGGCCCAGGCGACGAGCCCGGCUCUGCGCGUCCUGCGUCCGCACGCACUCCUUCCGGGAUGGGAGCGAGACAGGGCUCACGUGGGGGUCAGAACUUUGGCGCCAUGGGUGGUGCGAUGGGUCAAUUCGGCGGCCCAAUGGGUGGCGUCUCUCGUGCUCCCGUACCUUCUGGCACCACCUCUGAGGAGCGAUUCCGUAUGUCGCAGCAGAUGGGUGCACCUCCUCGUCCCGGUAUGCCGAUGGCCCGUGGGCCAAGCAAUCUGGGCAUGGGUGCUCCCGGCGUCGGCAUGAGCCGCACCAACAGCAUGCAAAUGCCCAUGUCCGGCACACCGCGACAAGCCAGCGCACGCGGCAAAGGUGGCAGCAAACGCGACGACCGUCAACAGAGCAAGCGACAAGAGCACGAGAUGGCCUCCAAGAUGCCGCUCACGGCGAAUGCGGACAUCGCGCCCCUCGAGAAGUCCACGAGUGGCUGGAAGGCGACUUCCAUUGGACAACCACAGAUGGCCGGUCCUGCGCCGGGUGGUGAGGGUAACAUGGCCCCUGACUUGGUCCAGCGUAAGGUCAAGGCCGCCCUCAACAAGAUGACGCCCGAGAAGUUCGACAAGAUCUCUGACCAGAUCCUCGAGAUCGCCGCGCAGUCGAAGAACGAGUCCGAUGGCCGAACACUACGACAAGUCAUCCAGCUCACGUUCGAGAAGGCCUGUGACGAAGCACACUGGGCUGGCAUGUACGCCAAAUUCUGCCACAAGAUGCUCACGGCCAUGAGCUCUGAGAUCCGCGACGAGACCAUCAAGGACAAGAACGGCAACCCCGUGGUGGGAGGCGCGCUCUUCCGCAAGUACCUCCUCAACCGCUGUCAGGAAGAGUUCGAGCGUGGUUGGCAGGUCAAUCUGCCUGACAAGCCCGAGGGCGAGACGCAGGAAGCCGCUCUGCUGACCGACGAGUACUACGUCGCUGCCGCUGCCAAGCGUCGUGGUCUCGGUCUCAUCCAGUUCAUCGGACAGCUCUACAAGCUCCGCAUGCUGACCCUCCGCAUCAUGCACGAGUGUGUCAUGCGUCUCCUCAACUUCGAAGGUGACCCAGACGAGGCCGCCGUGGAGAACUUGACCACUCUGCUGAAGGCUGUCGGUGCCUCCAUGGAGGAGGAGGAGCAAGGACGAGGCCUCAUGAACACAUACUUCCAGCGUAUCGAGGAAGUCCUCCUUAAGAGCGAGGCGCUUCCAAGCCGACCGCGGUUUAUGAUCAUGGACUUGGUUGAUCUGCGGAGGGCUGGCUGGAAGGGCAAGGAUGACGCCAAGGGUCCCAAGACUAUCCAGCAGAUUCACGAGGAGGCUGAAGCUGCUCACGCGAAGGCCGAGGCAGAGCGACAGCGUACCCAGCGUGGUGGGGGUCCGGGUGGUCGACCACCGCCAGGCCGAGGCGACGCUCGCAACUUCUCUGGCCACGUACCACCACCCGUUGACUACAACCGCACCAACGUCAACAUGGACGAUCUGCGGAAGCUCCAGCAGCGUGGCAGCAAUCGACCAGCUGGUGGCUCACUUGGCCCAGGUGGCGGUCUCGGUCCAUCCAUGAUGGGCACUGGCCGUACCAGCAGCAGACGCGGCAAUCUUGGUCCUGGCUCUAACGGCACCUCGAGAACCAACACACCUCCGGUAGAGGGAAAGAAGGAUGAGCCAAGCACUGCACAGAAUGCAUUCAGGUAAGCACACCUCCCCGUCUCAAUGUUUGGACACCAGAAACUGACCACCUCACAGCGCCCUUGCAUCUCUCGACCCAUCCGGCGAACAACCCGAAGACGCGCAAUCGCAGCAAUCCGAAGCAGCCUCGCCGCCAGCUGCCCGGAAGGAGGCCGGAGCGGCGGACGAAUCUUAA